AUGAAGAUCGGAACCAUGUGUAACGCCGGAUUCAUAGCAUAUUCGGCAGUGUCGAUACUAUUAUAUUCCGGAUUCGCAAACGCAAGCUUGCGCUUUGUGUCCUUAGGAAACUGGGGAACCGGAAAUAAAACACAGCGAGCCGUGGCGGAAAAAUUAAAAGAAUACGUGAAAAACGAUAGAGUAACGUACCUAGUGUCACCAGGGUCGAAUUUUGACAACGGAGUCAGCGGACUCAACGACGAUAAGUGGUCAAAGGUGUUUGAAUCGGUAUACUACGACGAGUCGGGAGCAAUGGACGUCCCGAUGUUCACGGUCCUGGGCUCUGAGGACUGGCAGGGAGACUACACAGCGCAGUACGAGCACUACCAGCAGUUCUUUUCAGACAACAACGUCACGACUUUAGACCAGAAAAAAGGCACAGAGACCUCAAAUAAGUCACCAAGGUUAAUCAUGCCAAAUUGGUGGUACCACUUCUUCACGAGCUUUUCAACAAACGCAUCCGUUUCCCUGUUGAAGAGUGGACACAAGGACAUGAGUGUAGGAUUCGUUUUCGUGGACACCUGGAUCCUGUCAAACCAGUUCCCAUACAAAGAUGUGUCGAGCCAAGCAUGGGAAGAGUUGAAGAAAACGCUAGAAAUAGCACCCAAAGUUGUAGAUUACAUUGUGGUAGUAGGAGAUAAGCCAGUGCUGUCGUCAGGAAGCUCGAAGGGCGAUACUUACCUGUCAUACAAGCUCCUCCCCCUGCUGAAGCAGGCGCAAGUAGACGCAUACCUGGCAGGAUAUGACGCAGACAUGGAGCUUUUGGACUACGAAGGAGUUACCCUAGCAGUGGUGGGCUCGAGCGGAAGCAAGGGAAGAAAGGCAGUGGUCAAAUCACCCAACUCAGUGUUCUACUCAGAGGCGCCAGGCUUCCUAGUCCACGAGUUGUCAGCAAGAGAAUUCACAACGAAGUUUGUAAACGGAGUCACGGGAGAAGUGCUGUACACACAUACACAGCCGAAGAAAAACAGAAGGCAGCGUCAGCACGGAAGUGAGCUGAAACUGAUAAAUAAGUUACCAGAAGUGGUGUUCCACCCAGUUGGCCAAAUGGGAGUGGUUUCCUACUCCGACGCGUUCACAAAAAUUAUCGGUACUCUAGGUUUAAUAAUACUAGCGGCGCAUCUGACCCUUACAUUCGGAACCACGUUGGCAAAGGCUUAG